CUUCCGGCUCGCCCCGCUUCCGGCGCCAUGUCGGUCUUCCACGACGAGGUGGAGAUCGAGGACUUCGAGUACGACGAGGAAACCGAGACCUACAGCUACCCGUGCCCGUGCGGGGACCGCUUCCUCAUCACGCGGGAGGACUUGGAGAACGGCGAGGAGGUGGCCACCUGCCCCAGCUGCUCCCUGGUCCUGCGCGUCAUCUACGACCAGGAGCAGUUCAUGCGUGAUGAAGUUAUUGCAGAGCCAUUGACAAACAAGGAGCUGAUUAAGUGCUGAUGAAGGUACUUCACGAACUGUUGCUGCUGUAGAGUAAGAAAGUAUGGGGAUGGCAGCUGUGGAAAGAGACAUGGUCCUCCUGGAAGUGCUUGCUGCUGUGAGAUCCAAGUGCAAUAACUGACUGCCUUCAUAAUUUGAAUGAGAAUUUGAUGGAACAUCAACAUAUGAAUGAGUUUUGUUCUAAAGGGUUGUACAUUUAAAAAAACAUAUAAGUUGCCAUGUGUAUUCCAGAAAACUCAACGAGUGUGAUCCUAAUUGACAGAAGUCAGUAUACAGAAGAAGUGCAUGGAGUUGUGAAAUUGCAACGUUUAUCUAGCAGUGGCUUCUUAGCCUAUGGAGGAGAGCAGGCUCUGUGUGGGUGCAUACCAGUGUGAAAUUGAGUAGAGAUCUGAAAUGUUGGGAGACAGAAUUUACAAGUCCAUAUGACGUGAUGCUAUGCAGAAUUAAAACUUGGAUACAAUGUGGUAUCACCUGAGAUGUGGGCUCUCAUACUUCCAACCCAUACUGAACACGGGGAAAAAUAAGAGACCUAGAACCAACACUGUUGAUAAAUUGUUUUUACUACUGUAAGCACAAAGAAGGUGCAGUUGUAUUUGUAUCUGCAGUGGGGACAACACCUGAGUUGGGGCAGAUUGGUUUCUUGAAUUGCAGUUGCUUUUAAAGAGCUUUGGUAGCUAUUAUCAAGUGACUUUCUGACAUAAUAGUGAUGUACUUUUGUGGGUGGUGUGCGAAAUGAAACAAAGGAGUACAACUGUCUUUAUCCCUGCAAAGCUUGUAGCGUGUAAAUGGACUUGGAACUCGAAGCAGGUUGAAAUUUAGCCAUAUUUUCUCAACAACUUUGUGAUUUGACUCUUGCAGCAAAUAUAAAAUGAGCUGCAGUUCUUUGUGCAAUGUGUAGUAGUACAUUUGCUCAGUCUUCAUUAGGUUCUGUCACUUCCUGGAUAGAAGGUGGGCACAUUUCACUUUAAUAAAAGUGUUUUUAGGGUAGGGAAGAAUAAGAAUCAUAUACACUGAAGUGCAUUGAUUCCAUGACUAAUUCUUCUGUUACAAGAAUACUUGUGCAGCAUUUAUGUAGCUGUUUUACUCCAAGAACUAAAGAUCAGCAAGUCUUACUGAAUUCUUGCGUCUAACUAUUUUUUGUUCUUACAACGUUCUGUGAAUGUGGAAGGUGAACAUUCUAAUUAUUAAAAAAAAAUAAACCCCAAACUCCACCCUUCAGUUAGAAGUUUUGAACGCAAGAUGCACAACUCGAAGUGUUUUCAUGCCUAAACCAGAAGGUGGCACUCAUGUUACUUCGGUAUCUGCGUGAAAAAAGAAAAGCUGUGGUACUUCGGUCAGCUAUAUCUUAUCAAAUAUUUAUUUUUACUGUUUAAAUAAAGAUAUUUAAAACUGCA